AUGUUCAAACGGAAGCAACACGGGCAGUUUGUUCAGGCGAUGUGCCAGCUACGCCUCGGCACGCCGUUUGUAUCACUGGCGGUGUUUUUGCUGCUGCUGAUGUGUUUCGCCGCUGGGUGCGUUGCCGACGCUCUCGCCCGGAAGCACCGCUGCGGGUUUGCCGAGAUGAUGAGGAGGGGGCCGCCGGCGACUGCAGUGGUGCGUGACGUGCCGCGCAGAGGACAGGGUGAGAUGCAGGCGUACACCGUCGCCGCACAAGGCGUGGGGAGUGAGUGGGCCCCGAUCCGCAUCAAAGUGUCUGCGAAGGACAUGGAUGAUCAAUCGAAGCACUGCCUCCCAGGGAAGCAUUGGCGCCUGGUCGAUGGUGACUGGAAGGAAUGCACGGAGGACAUUAUGCUGACGGAGGCGAAGAAGAACAUUGUUUUGAAGCAACUCCUCCCCGCUGCAAUUAAGAUGCACGCUGAGCGUCUCUUCGUGAGACCUGUGAGGGGUCCCAUCCCCAUACCAAAGAAAGAUUUAGGGUUGUGCACCGGUUUAAACAUCCCUUCCUGGCACCACACGAUCGGCGUGAGCGUCGCCGACCUGAUUCUCUACAUCGACGCUCGCGUGAGUGGAAGUGCCAUUGCAUGGGCGUCUUGCUGCGUCGUUCUGAAGGAUGGACGCCCGUACGCUGGCGUCGUGAACUUCAACCCCAAGUACAUAAAGGCCACUGAUGAAUUAGUUGGUGCUGCAGCGCACGAGAUUGGGCAUCUUCUUGGGUUUUCGUAUGAUCGCUUUAAGAAGCUCAAUAUGGUCUCCGAGGUCCCCAAUGUGCGCGGGAAAGAAUAUGUGUGGGUGGUUUCCUCACCGAAGGUGAAGGAGCUGGCAAGGAAGUACUACAACUGCCCCACACUUGAGGGCAUGGAGCUGGAGGAUGGGGGUGGGCCGAAGCCAAGCUUGAGUCACUGGGAGGAACGCAAUGCAAUGGGUGAGUUGAUGGCUCCUGCGGGUAAGCUUUUAUAUUACUCGGCAUUCACUCUUGCGGCAUUUGAAGACAUGGGUGUGUACAAGGUCAACUACGGCAUGGCGGACACGUUGCGGUGGGGCAACAACUCUGGCUGCGGGCUGCUGAAAAAUAAGUGCUUCAUCAAUGGCCGCACCAACUAUCCUGAGUUGUUCUGCAAGCAGCCGUCAAAUAAACACAGGCUGUUCUGCGCGUAUGAUCGUCUUUCUUUGGGGUACUGUGCGCUAAAGACUCACAAUAAGUCCCUUCCACCGCAGUUUCAGUACUUUGAUAACCCCCGAGUUGGCGCUAAUUGGGACUUUACGGACUACUGUCCGUAUGUUAUGGGGCGUGGGGCGUCUGGGUGUCUAAACGGUGACCCUAAACAAUUCCCUGGAAGCUUAAUUGGCUCGAGCUCACGGUGUGUAAAGGGGGAGGGGCUUCGUUUUGAUUACCAAGAGAUUGGCGAUGUGUGCGUGAACACGCAGUGCAGUGGGAGUAAGCUGAGGGUGCAGUUCCUUGGCGACGGCACGUGGUACGACUGCAAUGAGGGUGAGACUGCCGCUCCGUCGGGGAGCAGAUGGAGCGGGGGGAGGGUCAGGUGCCCGAAAUACGCCGAUGUGUGCACGGUCCUCCCCAAAUUAUUUGCCCACCCAAUACCAGUCGUUGCCCUGCCACUGGCGGAGGAUCCAAACCCUGCAGAUACAAAUGAUGAAUCAGGCGGCACUCAUCCUGAUCCUGGUGCCUCGCCCUCAACGUAUCAGUCGCGCAAUACCAACCCGGAACGCAACCCAACCAGCAUGCGUCGUGAUCUGGGUGCCUCGCCCUCAACGUAUCAGUCGCGCAAUACCAACCCGGAACGCAACCCAACCAGCAUGCGUCGUGAGUCCGGUGCCUCGCCCUCAACGUAUCAGUCGCGCAAUACCAACCCGGAACGC